UGAAGGCUCGACACCAAAACCGGAAGUGUCCGCCAUAGAGAAACGGCUUCGUCCAAGGAGUUCCUGCCCGUUGUUUUUCCCGAAGAUGAGUCACAGCGCACCGGAGACGUGAACUAUCCCCAAAUAACGGAAGCUUGGCAUUGCUAUCGGAGAGCUGUGCCUCUUGUCCCGCUCCACGGCCCCUAACAAGCCCCUUACUCGGAGGGCUCCUGCUCGGCCAGCAGGCUGCCUCCUUGCGGCUGGCUCAACUUAAAGCCCAGCUAGCAGUGACGCAGAUAAACAAUGCUCUCGCUGUUGGCAGCCGAGCCGCAACCUUGACCUCCAACUCGCUCGCUGCCUACAUACCCACAACACCCCACUCCCCGACUGCAGCGGCCAUCAAUCUCCUUAACCUCCUGAAGAUCGCAAACACCAUGUCCAAUCCCCAGUACAACCCCUAUGCUCCUGGGAACCAAAGAGCCACUCAGGGUCAGUAUGGACUCUCCAGUGGACAGGUAGGGAGGGACCCUCGGAUGGCACCGGCUCACCUUGGACCUGGGUCCAGCUUCGGCUCCUCUGGAACUUCUUCAGUGACUUCUGCCAACUCCGGGGGAAUGCCUCCCUUGCUGCUGCCUCAGUCGAUGGGCUACAGGCCUCCUGAACAAAAUAGGACUAUGAUGGACGAGAACAUUGAGAGGUCUAUAGACAUGCAUAUUAGUAGAGCCAGAGAGGAGGCCGGGCUUCUUGGCAAACCGUUGCAUCAGCCGAUUGACUCUCGAUUUACGAGCACUCAAAGGGAGUGUCUCUCCUCAACCACAGGGAUGGUCUCCUACCCUCAACCAAUGUCCUCGACCUCUGCCUCUCUCGGACAUAGAUACCCGGGGGUUGAAAGUGGCAGUGGCUCCUCGGACUGGUCAUCCAACUAUGUAAGGCCCACUGCAGCUGAACCCUCCAAGUUUUAUUCACCGCCUGCUUCGUCUAACUAUUCAAGCGAUGUUGAUGGAAGGUUUAUUGGCUCCAGUGAAAGAGAGCGUGAUAUGCCGUCCAUUCCAGGGUUGGGUGAUUUUGACAGUCCGUUGUCGGUCAAGCUUGCGGCCCUUACAGAGGCCAGUCAACACAAGUACACCUCUGAAUCGGCUUCUAAUAUCCUUUUGCAUUUUGGACUUGAAAAAGAGGACUUGGAACAUCUCAUCUCGUACCCCGAGGAGCAGAUCACCCCCGCUAACCUGCCGUUCAUCUUGCGGCAAAUCCGCAUUGAGAAGACCAAGAGGGCUACGACCGCGGCUCAGUCGAAACCCUGCCCCGAACCCCAACAGGCCAGAAUGGGUCAAUCGGGAGGGGUGGGGAUGCGCCAAGAAGAGAUUUCCUCGGCUGUUCGCCAGCUGAGUAAUGUCAUUGACUAUGGGCAUACAGGCAAAUAUACCGGAGGGGCUGCGGACGAGAUCGCAAGGACCAGUGGCAGUAGAGAUACCAGUGGUGGCAGUGGAAGUAUGUUGCCGAUGGACACUUACAGUAGUAGCAGACAAGGGCUACAACAACUGCAAAAAACAGAGGUGAAAAGCGGCGCCUCUGGUUUUUCUCGUGACCAUGCGGGUUCCGUGUCCAGUUUCAGCUCUCUGCACAGUUCCACACUGGGCUUUGUGGCUGCCCCGGGCAAUGAUCCGACUAAACGAUUACAAACCCCAAAUGUCGCCAACCCUUUCUAUCUGAAAGACACGGACAUCCGAGUCAAGCCUGCAGCCUCCAAACCCGUUUCUUUGAAACAACCGGAGCCAGAUCGCCAUUCGAAAGCGAAAAUCCCACCACCCUCGAAUCUGUACCGUAAUGUACAUCCCGGCAGACCUGGCCUGGUGCUCAUUGACAGUAAUUACACCAGGGGCAAUAAGAACCAGAGUAAAAAACCCGGGCAAGGGUCAACCGUUGCCGAGCAGAUGAAAACGCAGCAGCAGCCGGUGCAGCAGAUUCAGAAGCAGCCAGCGCAGCAGACACAGCAGGCGCAGAAGCAGCCAGUGCCGCAGCAGCAGCCGGUGCAGCAGCCGGUUCAGCAGCAGCUACCAAAUCAAGUGACGCAGCCGGCAUCACAAGCCAUGUGGCCUGCGUUUUUUCCUCCCGCAAAAUCGGUUCCCCCUCCACCUCACAUGCCCAACGUCCACGAUGCCAUGCAACGUCCGAUGUUCCUCGAUGGUCCUCGGCACGCCGUCGGUCCUCCAGCUGUGCUGCCAAUCCCGGAUCUGAUGGACCUCAUCCAUCUGACGCCGUCGUCUUCGGCAAAGGCUGCAGGCUCCAAGCACCUGCCGACGGCGGCCAUGAUGCAUGAUUAUGCCGCGGCCUCGCCGAGAAUCUUUCCACAUACCUGUUGUCUGUGUAGCAGAGAAUGUCUUCAGAUGCAGGAUUGGAUCUCCCACCAGAACACCAGCCUCCACCUCGAGAACUGCAAAUUCCUCCGAAUACAAUACCCGCUUUGGGAUGGAGAGAUUGAACUCAGGGCUGCAGGUAAAGGUGCCACGCCCUCGACCUCUUCACAGGCCUCCCAGCGCCGUCAGAAAGCCAGACAUGCAAGCCGCUCCAGCUCGCCGAGCCCCCGCCGGUACCGCCGAUCGCGGUCGCCGUACAACAGAGGCACUCGCAGGUCCCGGUCCCGUUCUAGUUCUAAUUCCCCGUGGUACGCCCGCACGACCCUCAUGGGCCAGCGGUCGCUAUCGAGGAGCCCCGACAGACGAUCCUCGCCGCGGAGGAGGGACGACAGGCGGUCGCCGUCGAGGUGGAGCGUCGAGCUGCGGUCGCCGUCGAGGAGGCGCAACGAGAGGCGGUCGUCGUCGAGGAGACGCGACGAGAGGCGAUCGUCGUCGAGGAGACGCGACGAGAGGCGGUCGUCCAAACGAAAGCAGAGCAGCACAGAGAACCUGGUUAAGAAGCUAAUGGAAACAUCAGCGGUCCAGUCUCUGUCCAAACAGUCUGACCUGGAGACCGUGGUUAAAACUCUGGCUCCGGCCUUGAUGGCCGAGCUCGCCAAGAUGAAGUCCUCGUCGUCCUCCUCCUCCUCCUCUGCCGCCGCCGCCGCCGCCGGAGGAGGAGGAGGAGGAGGAAAGCCCUCCUCGUCUUCUCCCUCGUCCUCGAAAGCAAAGAAGGCGUCGUCCAAAAGGCAUAGGAGCGCAUCUCGCAGGCCCCAGUAUGAUGAACUGCAGCCGAACGAGGUGAAACUGGGGCAGAUCGCUAGUCACGUGUCUCACGACGGGGUGACGGCCGCUGUGGCGGCCUUCGGAAAAACCACGUCGGUCAUCCUGUUCCGGUCCAGACAUGCGGCACUCGUAAGAUUUGAGAACGAGGAAGACGCAAAGAAAUUGAACAGCCUGCAGAGCCUCGAUGUGAAUGGACAUCUCAUCACCGUGGGCAGAUACAAGGUUGAGUCUUGUGAGGAAGAGGGAGGCAAAACAAAGGAGGCUAAGGAGCAAAAGAAUUCCACCGACAAGUCCACGUCCAGCGCGUCCACGCCUCAAACCGUGUCCUCGAGAAAGGCCCUUCUCCCGACGCCUCCUCUGCUUCUGCAUCCUGAAGCCAAAACGGCUCCGGUUCCAAAAAAUAAAAGUUCCUUGGCCAAGCCGAUGAAUAAAAUGGAGAAGACGGGAAAGCCGCCUGUUAAGGGACCGGUGAAGAAGGCCCCCGUGAAGAAAAAAGCUUCACCGGGAUCCAAGUCCACGACGACUAAGGUGGAUCUAAAGGAGUCUGAAAAGAAAAAAGCUUCACCAGGAUCCAAGUCCACGACUCCUCAGGUGGAUCUAAAGGAGUCUGAAAAGAAAAAAGCUUCACCAGGAUCCAAGUCCACGACUCCUCAGGUGGAUCUAAAGGAGUCUGAAAAGAAAAAAGCUUCACCAGGAUCCAAGUCCACGACUCCUCAGGUGGAUCUAAAGGAAUCUGAAAAGAAAAAAGCUUCACCGGGAUCCAAGUCCACGACUCCUCAGGUGGAUCUAAAGGAAUCUGAAAAGAAAAAAGCUUCUCCAGGAUCAGAGUCCACGAUACCUCAGGUGGAUCUAAAGGAGUCUGAAAAGAAAAAAGCUUCACCGGGAUCCAAGUCCACGACUCCUCAGGUGGAUCUAAAGGAAUCUGAAAAGAAAAAAGCUUCACCGGGAUCCAAGUCCACGACUCCUCAGGUGGAUCUAAAGGAAUCUGAAAAGAAAAAAGCUUCUCCAGGAUCAGAGUCCACGAUACCUCAGGUGGAUCUAAAGGAAUCUGAAAAGAAAAAAGCUUCUCCAGGAUCAGAGUCCACGAUACCUCAGGUGGAUCUAAAGGAGUCUGAAAAGAAAAAAGCUUCACCGGGAUCCAAGUCCACGACUCCUCAGGUGGAUCUAAAGGAGUCUGAAAAGAAAAAAGCUUCACCGGGAUCCAAGUCCACGACUCCUCAGGUGGAUCUAAAGGAAUCUGAAAAGAAAAAAGCUUCUCCAGGAUCAGAGUCCACGAUUCCUCAGGUGGAUCUAAAGGAAUCUGAAAAUGAAAAAGCUUCUCCAGGAUCAGAGUCCACGAUUCCUCAGGUGGAUCUAAAGGAAUCUGAAAAUGAAAAAGCUUCUCCAGGAUCCGAGUCCACGACUCCUCAGCCGGAGCUGAAAGAAUCUGAAACCGAGGUUCCAGAAGUUGUGCUGGUAGACGCGGCCGAGGUUGUUGAAAAAGUACUGGAUGACGGCGACCCAAUGGAGGUCGGGGGGGCGGCGGUUGAGGCGGAGGAGCCCAUGGAGGUUAAAAGUUGUGCCGAGGAAGGAGAAACGCCGAAAACCGCGGAGGCUGCAGCGGACGAACCCAUGGAGACAGAGUCCGCUGCACCGGGACCGGAGGGCGAGGCGGAGGCUUCAACAGAGACUCAGCAGGCGGCAGGAAGCGCAAGCGAAGCCGCGGUGGAGGAGGCGAAGCUGCCCGGUGGAGGAGGGGUGGAGGAGGAGAAGCUGCCCGGCGGAGGAGGGGUGGAGGAGGAGAAGCUGCCCGGCGGAGGAGGGGUGGAGAUGAAGCUGCCCGGCGGAGGAGGGGUGGAGGAGGAGAAGCUGCCCUGUGGAGGAGGGGUGGAGGAGGAGCUACCCGGUGGAGGAGGGGUGGAAGAUGAGCUGCCCGGCGGAGGAGGGGUAGAGGAGGCAAAGCUGCCCGCCGGAGGAGGGGUAGAGGAGGCAAAGCUGCCCGCCGGAGGAGGGGUAGAGGAGGAGAAGCUGCCCGCCGGAGGAGGGGUGGAGACGGAGCUGCCCGGUGGAGGAGGGGUGGAGACGGAGCCACCCGGUGGAGGAGGGGUGGAGGAGGCAAAGCUGCCCGCCGGAGGAGGGGUGGAGGUGAAGCUGCCCGGUGGAGGAGGGGUGGAGACUAAGCUGCCAGGUGGAGGAGGGGUGGAGACUAAGCUGCCAGGUGGAGGAGGGGUGGAGGUGAAGCUGCCCGGCGGAGGAGGGGUGGAGACUAAGCUGCCAGGUGGAGGAGGGGUGGAGGUGAAGCUGCCCGGCGGAGGAGGGGUGGAGACUAAGAUGCCAGGUGGAGGAGGGGUGGAGGUGAAGCUGCCCGGCGGAGGAGGGGUGGAGACUAAGCUGCCAGGUGGAGGAGGGGUGGAGACGAAACCAAAGGAAAAAGGUCCCGUGAUCGCGGUAAAGAAGCCCGCCGUGGCCAAACCCACUAAGGUCCCCGUCGCCUCUCUGACCUUCGGGGAGACGAUCCAGAGGCACCCGUUUCCGUACGACAUACCGUGCGUCAAGGUGAAGACAUGCUUGUCGCGGAAGUUUGCUGCCAAUGGCCAGAAGCAGCUGUUCCUCAGCAACCUGCCGUACUUCGACGAGGUCAGCUACACCGAGGACGACCUGGUGCAGCUGCUCACGCCGUUCGGGUUUCAAUACGCGGAGGACAACAUCUACGUGCUCCCUCAGACGGGCAUGGCCUUCGUCUUCAUGUCUGAAGUGAAGCACGCGUUGGACCUCACAAAGUCCGCCGCGAGGAUGGGCCUUUACUUCAAAGGGAUGAGACUCGGCUGCAAUGUUCUGGCAAACAGCUUUAAGCUGACACCGAUGUGGUUUUAUAAAACAAUCAUGAAGCUGAUGCGUUUUCGGGUGAUCGACGAAGGAUCCAAAAUUGUCCUGAUCAAGAACAUUUCCUGGAGCGAGACCGCGGAGCUCAGAACGUCUCUGAUGAAGAUCCAGUCCGUCAGGAACUUCUUCCCUCUGCUCAACAAGGUGUUCGUGGAGUUCGACAGCGUCUGCAACGCGGACCGACUCGGCGUCUGGUACAGUCUUCUGAGACGCCCCCCGGCCCACAAGCUCUACAGGCUGAAGGUGCCGCACCUCGGCCACGUCCUCCUGCAACCGCCGAGACAUCCCGAGAACGCGAUGCCUCCCAGCAAGGACGCCGUUGCCGGGGCGACGCGCCCCACCAUGGAGUUCGGCAUCCCGCCGGACAGCGUGGGGCCGUUUUGGGUGACGCUGACGCAGCACCCCUUCCUGUUCCCGACCAGGUGUCCGUGGUUCGUCAUCCCGAAUUACCUGACGGUCGCAUUUCAGGAGGACAUCGAGAAGGCGAGCCGCGGCGCCAUGUUCCCGACCGUCAUGUUGACCCGUUUGCCGGCGGGCCACUACCAGCACCGGGACGUGGCCAAGCUGGUGUGGCGCUACUUCCCCAAAAAGAACCUCCAGUCCCUGUACUACAACGUGGUGGUCUUGCCUCUGCAGAGGAGGGCCUUCGUGUUUUUCGUCGAUUGGAAUUCGUGCUGGAAAUUCGUCCGCGACCACACGAGGCACCCCGUUUGCGUGAAGCUCUACCCGCUCACGGUGCACUUCGUCUUGGAGCACAUCCACCCGGCUACCAGCGAGGAGAUGAUGUACUCCUCCAUGAUGAAGUGGAGCAACGCUGGAGUUCCUGAGCCGGCGUCUCUGGAGGAGCGGCUGCUCUGCGUGGAGACCUCCGAGACGUCCGUGGACAUCAUCGCGGUGGUCAUGGAAGUGGUGGCGUCCAUCGCGCCCUUCGUGGGCUUCCUGCCGCUCGCCAACCGGAUAUGCAUCGAGAUGGCGGACUCCGCCGCCGUAGCCCUGGUGGUGGAGAAAUACAAAACUUUGCCAAAGGGCUGCUUUAAAAACCCGAAGGCUUGGAGUAAAGUGAAACGCUUCGAGCCUAUGAAGAACCUUAAACUUCGUCUCCAAGACACGAGCGACAUCAAAAACUUUGAGCCGAACCCCUUCAAGAUCAGAACCCCGCCCUUCUUGUCUGAACUACCGAGCGUCGAGUCACAGCCUGCUCGGCCAACAGGCGGCGCUGUCGAGCCCGUCGCAGCCGGACCGAGUGCCGGCGCCGCCGCGAGCGACCUUUCCCUAAAGAAGGACGACGAGACACCGGGAACGGACUCCACUUUGGUUCCCGAGGCCAACGCUGAUGCAUCCAAAGAAGGAGAAGGAGCAGAAAAGAGGGAAGAGGAGGAGUCGUCGUCGUCGUCGUCGUCGCCGACGACCUCGGAAUCCGCGGUCGCCACGGCGCCCGUUCCAGAGAAACAAUUUGCGGAAUUUCCCCAGAUUAACGAGGACAUAUUCAAGGCCAUCACGGUGGCGGUUCGCAACCACCGGCUCACCCGAGAGAGCGGCUCGAAGAGCGAGGAGAAGGAGAUCCCCGGCAAAAGCGGCACGAGCUCUCGACCGGCAACGGCUGAAGACGCGCCGCAAAGAAAGGCUCGGGAGGGUUCCACGGACGGCGUCGCUUCGUCGGACGCCCGUCGGUUCGAUGAGCUGAACUUCAACAUGGACGACUUUGUCACCGUGGACGAAGUCGGCGGCGACGCGGGCGACAAGAAGCCCGAGCCUCACGGCGCCUCCUCGUCCAAGCAGUCCUCCAGGACGAGAAGUCAGAGGCAAAGCUCCACGAGGUCUUCGAAAGACUCCAAGGGCGCGGCCUCUUCCUCGUCCAAGUCGAUCAAAGACGCCGUCUCUUCGGGCUUCGCGUCACCGAAGAAGUCCAAGCACUCGUCUGAGCGGUCCAGAUCCCCGAUCAAACCCUCGGCCUGUAAGACCUCCCCCUCUUCUUCUUCACCGUCCACUGAAAGCCCCUCCUCCGCCCUCGGUGAGAAAACGCAACGCGGCAAAACACCACCUUCGGCCAAAGCGUCCCCCGGCGCCGGUACCCGCUCAUCCUCCGCUGCGCGCGAACCGAAAGGCGCGGCGACGGUCUCCACAGAAAGUCGCCCCGAGCUGCUUCUAGAAGAUAAAGACGCCGUGUGCACCGCGGCAACGUCUGACCACGACGUGCCCGCGGAAAGCGUCGCUGCGGAAACUGUUGCGUCAUCAGAGAUGCCUCCACCUCAACGGGAACAGGAAAAGGGGUUGGAGUUGAGCCACGCCCAGUUGAGUCCGGAGAUUUCCAUUAAUGCCAACAACACGCUUGAAGAGCAGGAGAAACUCCAAGAGGAAAGGAAAGAAGAAGACGUUGAAGAGGUUGAAAGUUACCAAAUUCUCGAUUCACUCGACGGUCAGACGGAGGAGCCGAUGGAUGAAGGGGACCGAGCCGGCGGCUCGGAAGCCCAGCCAAGUGCACCUAAAGAAGGCCGGGCUUCGCGCGACGAAAGGGUUCAGGUCUCGGAGAGUGUCGACGGUGAAGUCGAAGCCUGCCCGCCGGAGUGUGAGGAAGCAGAGAUGGGCCGUUCUCUCCAAGCGUCGGACGGCGUCGCCGAAGGCGAAGCGUCCGCAGGUCCGCAGGACAAUCCCCUGGUUCAAGAGGACGCCGUGAAGCAGACGUCUGAGGAUCACGAGACUAGUAGUGUAGACACUUUGCAGGUGUCAGAUGCAGGUAGUGAACACACAGAUGGGAAUAAGAGAAAAGAGGAGGAAGUCCAAGACCAAAUGCUUUCUGCAGAGCCCUGCAAUACCUCCAAAGAGGUGGAUAAUUCAAAUGAAGACCCCGACAACGAAGACGCGUUAAAAGACCCACAACACGGUGAUGUUGCUGAACAAGAAACCUUUGAGAUAUUGGAUUCAAUUGACGAUCUUAAUUCAGCGGAAGAGGAGAGCCAGAACCUCAACAUCUCCAAAGAAGACAUUGGGGUCGUGGAGGAAGAGGAAGACGCGUAUCGGGUAAUUGAUUCUGUGGGAGAUCGGCCGACGACGACAGAGUCCGAGACCGGCAGCAAAGGGAAAAGAAAGGGGGGGAGGGCGGCUGCUAGAAAGAGGAGUGGCCCCUCCACCGCCUCCAAAAGUGAAGAGAAGAAGAAACCCGAUGCACGGACGAAGGCAGAGGUCACGGAGGACGCGGUGUAUAAGAUCGUGGAUUCUGUCGAGGACGAACCGGUUCAAGAAGCGCCCGCCCCAGAAACCGGCAGGCGGAGGAGUGCGAGAGUAAAGAAGGAGGAUAAAGUCCCGUCGGAUCUCGCGGAAGCGUCCGUAAAACCAGAGGAGGCCACCAGGGGGAAAAGGGGAAGAUCGGCGAAGAAAGAGGCUCCGAGUGAGAAAACCGAAACGGAGGACGCGCCGCCGAGGCGGCGGCAGACGCCUACCAGAGAGUCACGGGAGCGGAGCGGGGAGAAGACGCCAAAGCAGGAAGAGAGGGCGCCUCCUCCAAAAGAGAACGCGGCGGCAGUCGACUCCAUCGAGGACGAGGUAGCUCAGGAGGAUCGGCCCCCUGCGAGAAAAAGGGGAAGACCAAAGAAAGACGCUAAGACCACAAAGAAAAGUCUUGGCGCCGCUGCAAAGAAGGGCGACAAAGACGCGUCGAAGAAUGAAGAGGAGGCGACGUAUCAGAUCCUUGAUUCUGUGGGCGGCGAGGCGGUGGAGGAACCUUUGAAAAACGUCGACCAGCCAACUGAGAGGAGUGAAUCGCCCAAAAACGAGGAGGAGGAGGAAGAGGAGCCGAUGUAUCGCAUCAUAGAUUCCCUGGAUGACGAUCACGCUCAAGAGCAGCCGAUGACGGCGGAGGACGGGUCGAAAGAGGAGACCCCUCCGGGAGGAGAGUCAUCGAAAGAAGACGACCCGGCGGUGGAAGAGGCCGAGGAGGCGGUCGUGGAAGAGGAGACCGUGUACCACGUCAUCGAUGAUUUAGAGUCCGGUGAUGAGCCGCCUGCCGCAGGAGGGUCCGAGGGUACGGAAACGCCCAGCGCCGUUAAAUCCCAGAGCGCAACGGACGCCGUUGAAUCAAAGUCGCCCGAAAAGGACGACGCGUCGAGCACCUUGGUGAGCCUGGACGAGGUGAGCGAGGAGGAGGAGAAUUACCCGGACGACGCGGCCGAGGAGGAGGAACUGAGGAGGAGGCAAGCCGCCGCCAAGGAGAAGCAGGUCGCCGAGAAGCGAGGAGCGAGGAGGACGAGGGAGAGGGAGGAAAGGAGGACACGGGACACGGAGCAGAGGGAGCGAAGGAGCCGAAGCAGCAGCAGCACCAGCAGCAGAGGAGGAGGAGGAGGAGGAGGAGGAUCGAGGAGGAAGGAGAGGGGGAGGGAAAAGGAGAAGGAGGAGACGGUGGCGGUAGAUCCCAAAGAGAUGGUGACUCUGGAUGAGGUGGGGGCGGAUGACGUUGCGGAGGAAGGAGCGCCGGGCGGCGAGGAGUGGGAUGGAGAGAUCACGGAGGGAGAGCUGCAGGCACUCGUCACUCUGGAUGAGUUCAUAGGAGACGAGGAAGAGGAGGAGGUGGAGCCCCGCCCACCCAGCCGGGAGGAGGACUUCUUGAACCCAGAGACGCUGGUGACUUUGGACGAAGCCGGCGACGAUGAGGAAGAGAAGCCGCACGAAGAGCACGCUGAGAAAACCCCGAGAUCUAACAAACGCAAAAACGACGACGACGACGACGCAGUUGUAGAUGAAAGGAUGAACUUUGUGACGGUAGACGAGGUGGAAGAGGAGGAAAAGGAAGCGGUGAAAACAAAGACUAAAGGACGAGCCAAGAAGAGACCACGACAAACUCCUGUGAGGAAAUCUACCAGAGGGAAAAAAGUGGCCGAAGAAGAAGAGCCGCCGGCUGGCUCUGACGUACCGUCUCCUAGCGCACUCGACGCCUCCUCAUCACUCGACGCCUCCUCCUCACUCGAUGCCUCCUCCUCACUCGACGCCUCCUCCUCACUCGACAGAGAUCCGUCUGCGUUGUCGAGUGUCGGCCGGCCGGAGAUCCAGGAGGCGGAGACGGAAGCAGCCGGCCAAGGCGACAUCGAAGCCCCCUCUGCUGGGCAGGAGCUGCAGCCGGAGAACCAGACACCGGAGGGAGGAGAGGAGGAAGGAGACGAGAAGGAGGAAGGAGACGAGGAGGAGAAGGAGGAAGGAUGCAUCAGGGGGGACAUUAAAGUUGGCAGUAAACACAGGAGGGAGCCCGGAGGACCCGAAGCCAAGAGGUCUCGUUCCAUCUCUCCGAGCGUCGCCGACGUCAAGCUGCCGGCGUUCAAACCCAACAACCCGCUCGGUCGAGAGUUCGUGGUCCCGAAGUCGGGCUUCUUCUGUAAGCUCUGCUCCGUGUUCUUCCUCACGGAGAACGCCGCCAUGGAGCUCCACUGCAGCAGCCAGAGGCACUACGACAAGCUGCAGAAACAUUUCCAGGCCUGUGGACUGAACCCUUCCAGCAGUUCCACGCAAAGUUCUCGCGGCUCCGUUUCAGACUGAUUCACUUCAAUGAGGAGUUGUGUGUGUUUAUGAGUUGUGUGUGUUUAUGAGUUGUGUGUGUUUAUGAGUUGUGUAUGUUUAUGAGUUGUGUGUGUUUAUGAGUUGUGUGUGUUUAUGAGUUGUGUGUGUUUAUGAGUCACGUGUUUAUGAGUUGUGUGUUUUAUGAGUUGUGUGUUUUAUUAUUUUCCCUUGAUGUUAGCGGAGGUAAAGAUGGACUCAAUGUAUUAAUAAGCCGUGUUGGGCAACUUCAUUUCUCUCUUGAACCUUUUUGUUCUUCUUUUCUUCAUAUAAAUGUGUAAAUAGUACAUCUCCAGUAAUUAAUAUGAAUUAAUUACGUUCAUAUUUUAGCACGCGUUGUCCCUUUUUAAGCUCCUCCCCCUCUCCAGUUUCGGAGCCUUGCUCCACCUGCUGUAAUGGUUUCAUGUGCGGAUGUUUGGAGGUUUGACGAGAUGCCACACGAACUAAUCAAUAAAUCAUUACCACGGAG